AUACUGUAUGACGGACAGUACAAUACAUGUAUUGCACAUGUGCGAGGAAAAUUUCAAAAUGUAGUUUUGAGACUGACUGAGUUGCACAGAAGUCUUACGAACGGCGACACUAGCAGCUCCGCAACCAAGACUUCAAUCACGUUGCCUGGAAAUCACUUGCUUGAACGUAACCAGAGUUCGGGUUCGUAACGGUGUUCUGUGUUUCCGCCUCAUUUCUUAAAAAAAAAAAAAAAAAAAUUGUCGAGUUGCAGUGGAACCAGACGUUUCGAAGCUUGCUUAGCAGCGCCACUUUCUGACGGAAACACCGAACGCAGGCGGACGCACUGACGUGACGUCACGACCCGACUCCGCCUCUCGCCCCGCCCCUCCUUGGCGCCAGUACCGGAAGUUCCGUCGUGAUCUGGGACAGCGAGCGGUGAGAACACGCACCCUCUACAGUGUAUGUGUGGCAACAAUAUGUCUGCGCCACUGCUCGCCGAGGCUGUGACAGUGUCGGGGACGGAGAAGGAGACCGCAGCGGUCAUCUUCCUCCAUGGACUCGGAGACACUGGACACGGCUGGGCGGACGCCAUGACAUCAAUCAGGCUGCCGUAUGUGAAGUACAUCUGCCCUCAUGCGCCUCGAAUUCCUGUCACACUCAACAUGAAGAUGACCAUGCCUUCCUGGUUUGACCUGAUGGGCCUCAGCCCUGACUCCCCAGAGGAUGAGGCUGGAAUCAAGAGAGCUGCAGAAAACAUUAAGGCCAUCAUAGACCACGAGGUGAAGAAUGGAAUCCCGGCGAAUCGUGUGCUCCUGGGUGGAUUUUCACAGGGCGGUGCUCUGUCUCUUUAUACAGCCCUAACCUGUCAACAGCAGCUUGCUGGUGUUGUCGCUCUUAGCUGCUGGUUGCCGCUUCAUAAAACCUUCCCCCAGGCGGCUAGUGGAAGUGGCAAUAAGGACACUCCCAUUCUGCAAUGCCACGGGGAGAUGGACCCUAUGAUACCUGUGCAGUUUGGGGCGAUGACUGCAGAAAAGCUGAAGAUCAUUGUCUCACCACAGAAAGUUACCUUCCGUACUUACCCUGGCCUCAUGCACAGCUCCUGCCCGCAGGAGAUGUCUGCAGUGAAGGAGUUCAUUGAGAAGCAAUUGCCUAGAAUCUGACCUCACGUUGACUCCACUGUGACCCCCAGACAGUGAUCUCUCACCUCUGACCUGCCAUUUUCUCACAGGAAACAGCCAUGAGCACCGUUCUAUUCUCACACACACAUACAUUCCUACACAUCCACAAACACCAGAUCAACAUAUAUACAAGUGUUUCCAUACACAUACUGUGAACAUGAACAUUUUUACACACAGGAUUUUAAAGCCUUUUUCAACACAGCUACCCAUACAGGUGAAAUCAGACAGCUUGGACACUGUACACACCUUCUGCAAACGCACAUGGUCAGAACACACUGAACCGAUACACAAGUGAACCACACAUGCUUUACUUGGUCUUACUGCUAAAGGGAGUAUUGCUACAGUGCUGGAUAUCUCCCAAGUAGUUGUCUCACACACCAUUCAUCCAUUCAUCUCCCUCCUCUGUCUUCUUUUUCCUGGAGCUUAUUCUUCAUCUCCACCUUGAGUCCCUUUCUCAUUCUCCCUCUAGUGCUGUGCGUGUGUCAGUAAGUGGGUCAGUUUACAGGCUAUUUCCAGUUUUUCAAGGCCACCAACCCUUCCUCGGCCUCACUCAGGUUUAAGGGAACAACGCACCCAGAAUCCUGUAGUUCUGCUCACGAGGCCUGUGUGCACCACUGUCUUGGGUGGUCUGUGCAGCGCCAUUCUACAAGUGUUACCCACAGUGCAUUGCUGCUGUGGCCUUCCUCUGUCAUGGAAGUUGGCAGUGCUGCUCAUGGGAUGCUCCUGCCUGUACUCAAAUCUUACAUCUAAAAGGUUUGAAACAUUUGAAUAAAACAAAUUAAUGACUAAUUAAAA